AUGGACAGACUUGUUAGCAUAGUCGCUACCUGGAGCUACCACGGCUCUGCUCUGAUGCAGCUUCGAAAGGCCGGAACGGCGAAGACAGGCGCCAAGAAACGGCCCGCGUCGCCUCCAGCCGCCGCCACAAAAGAGCGUGUGAAUAAGAUCGAGGCUGCAGAAGUCUCCGCUCGGGCAGCCAAACGCCUCUCAGCCUUCGCAUUCUCCGACAAUGCCUAA